AUGGAGCUGAAGUCGAAAGGCUACCCAGCGUUGAGCUGCAGCCCACUGUUGACCGCUAUGUAUCUGAAGAGGGCAUGCACUAUCUACAUCCCUUCGAUGAUAUACAUUUGAUAUGCGGUCACGGAAGCACAGGUUUAGAGAUUCUUGAAGAAGUGCCUGACCCCGAUGUCAUCCUUGUAUGCUGUGGGGGAGGAGGUUUGCUGGCUGGAAUAUCCGCUGCUGUGAAACUCUCAGGCAAAUCUCAUACAAGGAUCUACGGGGUGGAACCGGAGCAAGCCUGUCUUAUGUAUAUGAGCAAGCAGUUGGGCAAGGUCGUUCAAAAUCCUUCAGUUCAUUCUAUCGCCUCUGGAUUAGCUCCUCCUUAUGCAGGUAACAAUGCCUAUCGACACGUCGCCAAGUAUGUAGAUGACAUCCUGUUAUUAAGCGAGGCGGAGAUCAUAGCCUCUGUCUCCCGUCUUUACCAUGCUGGCCUGGUGGUGGAGCCAGCGGGGGCUGCAGCCUUUGGGGCGCUUCUCUUCGAUAAAGUGCCCGACGUCAAGGGCAAGAAGGUGGUUGUGGUGAUCACCGGGGGCAACGUCUCUCCUCAAGAACUUUGCAACAUUGUGCAGACAACGCCAUUACAGGAUCCAUCGGAUGACGAGGUUGCAAGAAACAAUUUGGACCAGCAGAAGAGUGUCUCAGUUAACAAUGAAGUGCAAUAUUAUGAAGAGAACGUCGUUACAGGAUCUGUCCAACAUUGUGAAGACAACGUCGCUACAGUGUCUAUACAAUGACGGGGGUUUGAAGAAACAAUUUGGACCAGCAAAGACAGAAUGUCUGAGUACCAAUGAACUGCAACAUUGUGAAGACAACGUCGCUACAGUGUCUAUACAUUGACGGGGUUUGAAGAAACAAUUUGGACCAGCAAAGACAGAAUGUCUCAGUACCAAUGAACUA